AUGCUGAUCUCUGGCAUCCAGGGCCUGGAGUGCAUGGUCUGGCAACCCAUCACUGCCGCCAAGGAAGAGCUAAACGUGGUUCAGAGCCUUGGAACAGCAGCUGUCGAAGAGUGGCUAAAGGGUCUAGGCGCCCAGGGCAAAGACCUUAGAAUUGAUACAUCACGAUGGGAGAAGUGGGCCGCGACUGGCGGUCUGGCGCAGAUGUGCCAGAGCGUGCAAACUCUGGAGAACGGUAGUAUCGAUGAACUGAUGCCAGACCGAGAUCACGAACCACGAAAGACCCCUCAAGUUUCUUUAGAAGAACGAUAUUCCGAAGCUUGCAGUAGGCCAGACAAGACUCAGGAAGAGGCUGCUGCACAGAAAGCAUUACGACGUGCUGAAAUUGAGCGACGCGCAAUGUUACUCGACCCUCCUCUGCCACCCAACGUUGUUGUUCACAUGCCUUCCUUUCAAGCAGCCAUACAAAUCACGGCCGCCUUGGAUGAGAAUGCGUGGAAUACGCUGAAGCCCGAAUUGCUGUCUCAACGAGCCGAUGCCGAGAGAAACAUCAACAGGGGUCCUACUGAAUCUCGGGGCACCAGCAUUGAAACGAAGGUCGAGACAACAAGAGAAGUUACAGAUCAAGACUGGGAUGAUAUCCAAGGCCCGGUACGCGCGCGAAUGUCAAAAUAUGCCGACGAGAUCAUUCGCGGUAGCUGGAAUAAGGGUCGCAAAGUCAACAAGGAGAAUAGCCCACGUUUUGCAGCCGGGGUCCUCCUAUCAGUGCGGUCAAGAUUCUACGCUGAUGUUGCGAAAGACGCUGCGGAUGCUAUCGCAGCUGGACGGCGGCCUGUUGUCGACCCCCAAGAUGGUCCUUUUACACAGAAGCUCACGCUGGAGAACAUGAAGUGGCGGUUGCGAAAGCCAUAG